UCUGUCAUCAGCGCCUGUAGCCAUGGACCUGCGAGCAGAGCUGUUGAAAUCCAUCUGGUACGCCUUCACGGCCCUGGACGUGGAGAAGAGCGGCAAGGUGUCCAAAUCUCAGCUCAAAGUGCUGUCGCACAACCUGUACACGGUGCUGCGCAUCCCCCACGAUCCCGUGGCCCUGGAAGAGCAUUUCCGAGACGACGACGACGGGCCGGUGUCCAGCCAGGGCUACAUGCCCUAUCUCAACAAGUACAUCCUGGACAAGGUGGAGGAAGGUGCUUUUGUCAAAGAAAACUUUGAUGAGCUCUGCUGGACCCUGACUGCGAAGAAGAAUUAUAAGCCUGACCGGAAUGGGAACAGCAUUGUGUCUCACCAAGAUGCCUUCAAGCUCUGGUGUCUCUUCAACUUCCUCUCUGAAGACAAAUACCCUCUUGUCAUGGUGCCAGAUGAGGUGGAGUACCUGCUGAAGAAGAUCUGCACAGCCAUGAAUGUGGAGCUGAACUCCUGCGAGCUGGAUGACUACCUCUCUCAGGAGCCACAGGGGCAGGGCGGCCUCACGGUCUGGCAGUUCCUGGACAUGGUGAACUCUGGGCGGUUCCUGCGAGGCAUCGAGCAGGAGGCCAUCAGCAUGGCUGUGGAGGAGGUGUACCAGGAGGUCAUCGAGGACGUGCUCAAACAGGGCUACCUCUGGAAGAAGGGCCAUCUGAGGAGGAACUGGUCAGAGCGGUGGUUCACACUGAAGCCCAGUGUCCUGUCUUACUACAUGAGUGAGGAUCGGAAGGAGAAGAAGGGGAGCAUCACAUUAGACAAGCACUGCUGCGUGGAGGUGCUGCCUGACCGCGAUGGGAAGAGGUGCAUGUUCUGCGUGAAGACAUCCUCCCGCACGUAUGAGAUGAGUGCCUCUGACACCCGGCAGCGCCAGGAGUGGACACUAGCCAUCCAGACAGCCAUCCGGCUGCAGGCCGAGGGCAAGAAAUCCCUGCACAAAGACCUCAAGCAGAAGCGGCGGGAGCAGCGGGAGCAACGGGAGCAGCGCAAGGCAGCCAAGGAGGAGGAGACGAAGCGGCUCAAGCAGCUCCAGGAAGAGAAGGAGAGGAAGCUGCAGGAACUGGAGCUGCUCAAGGAGGCCCAGCGGCAGGCAGAGCUGCUCUUGCAGGAGGAGGAGCAGCGGCGGAGGCAGCAGCACGAGCAGAUGCAGAGGACACUGGAGAUCCAGCUGCGGGAGGCCGAGCAGGCUCGUGCCUCCAUGCAGGCAGAGAUGGUCCUGAAGGAGGCAGAGGCAGAACGUCAGCGCAAGCGCAUCAUAGAGCUAGAGGAAAUGCAGGGGCGUCUCCAGGAGGCCCUGCAACAGGAGGUGAAAGCGCGACAGGACGAAGAGUCUGUGAGAUACGCACAAGCCAGGCUACUAGCUGAGGAAGAGGAGAAGUUGAAACAGCUGAUGAAGCUGAAGGAAGAGCAAGAGGAAUACAUCAUCAAAACUCAGAUAGAGAAGCAAGUCCUCAAGCAGGAGAUGGAGAACAAGAACAAGUGUCUGGAAGAGGCCCAGAAGCAGCUGGAAGAAGUGAGAGUGAACAGGCAGCGAGUGGACCAAGACGUCAUGGCAGCCCAGCGGAAGCUGCGACAAGCCAGCACCAACGUCAAGCACUGGAAUGUCCAGAUGAAUCGACUGAUGCAUCCUAUUGAGCCAGGAGACAAGCGUACAAAUGUGAGUGGAGGAGGCUUCGCUGGCUACCAACCCCUCCUUUCCCGGAGAGAUUCUUCCCUCAAACUCAAGCAGAAAGUGGAGGAUAAAGGCAGCAACCCUGCGAGGGAUGAGAGCAAGGAAAAUGUGAGCAAUGGUGGGAACAGCAGCCUGUCGCAGCCUCCACGUGCAGACAUCACGACCACAGAGCCUUCCAAUUAGCCCAACAGCAUGGCAAAGUCCAGGGGUAACCUGUGGGCCCAGCAUGUCCCUGCGAGCCAAAACAGUCAAUCUGGCCAUUUCUGGAGGGAGACAAAUGCUGUGUGGCAUCACCUGCCCCAGAGCCCAGCACAGAGCCUAUAGGCAACUACAUAUAAGGCAUCCAGGCGGAGAUACUUCAAUUUUCAUCAGUCAAGGGCUGCAGCCACAACUUGCCAGGAGGUUUAGAGAUAUGUCCAAUGUGGGAAGAAGGCAAUGGGGCCAUUUCCUCCAGACUGCUCAGGUGUGCCCUCUGGAGACAACUCCCCACAGGCUGGACGCUGGUUUUGACUCUGCAGGCCUUGCCUAGAGAAGCCACUGGUGGCUCUGCAUCACAAGGUCCAGGACUGCAAUUUCCCCUCAGUUGCUAUUGGCAAUGCCCACUGCCUCAUCUGCUGUGCUCCUGACCGUGUGAGCCCUGCGAAGAUGGCAUCCAGGGCAGCCUUUACAGACUGAGCAGUGCCUUCUGGCUGCCAACCUCAGAAAGACUGUGUUAGCCUGGGCCUUGUGUGCCUUCAGCCAUGACCAGGAAGGCCAGGGAGUCUUUAACUAACAUAUGCAUUCCCUUAAGGUGGUUGUUAGUCACUGGAGUCAUGCAGAUGUUAGCAGAAACCAACAAA